AUGAAACACCAUAAUCCGAUUACUGAGGCCACGACGAACAGCUACACACCGUCAUUGUGCGAUGCGCAAUUCUCUCGCUUGUCAGAUGCCGAGCGGUACAAGUAUGCUGUGUCUUGCGAUUGUAAGGCCCAGUCGGAGUCGGAUUUGAUCGUGAACUGCAAACCCGUGGCGAUCGAGCGCAAGUCUGGCAACAUAACAAUGUCUGCACACGACUUGGCGUGGAUGAAAAUACCCUCUGACACUUGCAAACACAUAUACGAUAACAACAAGAACGCUUCAAUGGUGGACGCCACUGCGGAUGCCUGGAAGACGUUGGACUGGUCCAGAUGUGACUUAGGCGGUAAGGUGGUUUGCGUUGACGACCGCAGCGAGGACCUGAGUUGUCACUACUUCAAUUAUCCGUUCAACUGCGACUUACCGAGAGUCUGGGAGGCGGUCAUCCAUCACCUGAAGCCCUCCCGUUGCCUCAUCACAAACAACGCAGACCUAGACGCGGUGUACCUACAUAAACUGGUCCGCGCACGCGCCGCCGGCAUGUGGGUAAAUGCCGACUCAUCCGGCAUCUGGCAGAGAAAGUUACACGACGUACUAGCUCUAUC